AUGCUAAAAUCGCAGAUGAUAGCUUCAACUGCCUCUUCGGACAACGAGCAAGAUGAGAUCAUGGAAGACCCCGAGCAGGAAAAUGAUGACGACUCGGACGACGCUGGAGAUGAUGAUGAGGACGCCGAUGGUGACGGUGACCAGGACGAUCAAGCAGAGGGCGAUGAGAAUGAGGCUGAAAAUGAAGACGGUGAUGGUGAAGGCGACGGUGAAGGCGACGGUAUUUGCUCACCCGGACUGGCUCCCACCUCGAGCUCCAUCCCAAGCGAUGCUAACUCCGCCAUCAGAUUCGCAGCAGCCUCCCCGCUCUCGGUCUACAACCCAGCCUCCGGUUCGUCCGCUUCCCACAUUGGGAUCAGGAGUGAAGAAUGCAAUCACAUACGAGAUCACACCCUAUGUCGCGGCCCCUCAAUCUACGAGUAUAAACGCCUUUUGCGCUACGCCUUGUAUGCGUUGGGUGUUUACGGGGGGCAGUGAUGGUUAUAUAAGGCGCUUCGACUGGUUUGGAAGCAUCAAUGGCAAAGUGCCCUUGACAGUCGCACAGCGUCACCCAUUCGUCGAUAGUGUUACGAGAGCCGGUGUUCUCUUGUCUUACUGGGAGAACGAGGAACCGACAGGUAGGCUCCCAUGCGUGCGCAUCUUCACCAUUACGCUAAAGUGAUCCGUAGUUGCCGGCAAGCCCCAGGUCCUUCAUGUGCCGGAGACAACUGACGACCUAAAAUUAAGCCCGGUCUACAGUCUGGCUGUUCAGAAUCAGAGCCUAUGGUUGCUCAGUGGCCUUGAAGUUUACUCCCCCCCCCCACAUAGACUGGAAUUCCUACAGCUAACACCCGGCUUAUUAGAGCGGUGGCAUAAACCUCCAAUCGGUUCGACACGACGAAGGAAAAAUCAUAACAACACUCCGGAAACACAACUCAGCUGUUAGUGUGCUCACACUCGCCAAUGAUGAGAAGUCGGUUCUUUCCGGAAGUUGGGAUGGGAUGGUCUACGAUUGGGAUCUAAAUACAGGUCAAGCUCGGCGAGAAUUUCCCUCUUCGUCGGGGCAGAUAUCAAGCGUAGCCUUCCGACCAAUUUCUACCGAAUGGCGAGAGAUCAGAAACACCGCUUUAAUCAACGGUGUAUCCGGAGGCCGAGACAAAGGUUUAUCCAAUGGUGUCGGCACAAGUAAUGGGGACGGGGACGAAGAUGCGCCCGGGAGUCCCGUCGAGAGCACGAGAAGUUAUGGCAGCCUCUUCGGCGAUGACGACGAUAUGGGAAUGGGAGAAGAGGAUGAGAUGAGUAGGGCUAUUGCCAAUGGGCUCGGGAGCGAUCCAGCCUCUUUCGAGAAUGGUAGAGAGGACCAAAGGAUUAAUAACAAUGAUAUGAUCAUGGCCGACGAUGUCACUAGAAUACACACUAACGAGACAUCUGGAACCAGGAACGGCUGCAACAACAGCGGUCCUGAGACUAAUGGUUUCCUUCAAACUGCAUCAGCCAACGGGCCGCCAUCUUCAAAUGACCAGAAUGCGUUCCUAGCGUCGUCCAUGGACGGGACUCUUCGUAUAUGGGAUAUCAGAGAACCCAAUCCUGUAGCAGUCAGCACGCCCCCCAAAGGAGUUCCACCCUGGUGCAUGAACUCUUGCUGGAGCACGGACGGGAACUUUAUCUAUGCAGGACGGCGAAACGGCACAGUUGAGGAAUUCAGUGUCCAUAAUGGAAUUGGUGAAGCAACAAGGACCAUGAAGUUCCCAUUGGGAAGCGGCCCAGUAUCCGCAUUGACCGCCUUGCCAAACGGAAGGCAUUUGAUUUGGUUCGUCCUUGGGUUUUCCUGGUUUUCAUCGGGGGGUGGGGUUUGUAGAGAAUUCCUGGACUAACGAAGGUCUGUCGCCUACCUACCUUCAUAGCGCAUCAUUUGACAACCUACGAUUAUACGACCUCAGUGAGAAUGCAUCAAAGCACUCGACUGUACCCUUUUACAUCAUCCCAGGUCAUCACGGAGGUGUUAUUUCAUCAUUGUGUACGUAUUACGCCCUACAGACAACUGCCCUCCUAACUGACAGCACUUAGACGUCGAUGCUACCGGCCAAUACCUAAUAUCAAUUGCCGGGAACAGAGGUUGGGAAGGCAUAACAACGGAAGUCCUCCUAGGUUAUGAGAUUGUAAGCGUAUUAUCGUGACAAGUUUUCCAUUGCGGUAUUACUCCACUUCGGUCUCACAUUGCACAGCAAUAAUAUAACAAACGGCCAAACAGUGUACCUAUAAUUCAAUGUUCGUACUACAAAUCGGGGCAACACA